AUGAAUUCAGCAAAGAAAUCAAAAGCAGAGUUGAAGCGUGGUUAUAGUCGAGGUGGAUGUCGUGAAUGCAAAAGAAGGAAGAUAAAGUGUGACGAAACUAAACCUUCUUGUCAACAAUGUACCAGAUUGCAAAAAGAAUGUGCUUAUCCUAAAGAAGGAGAGAAAGUGUUACGAGUUUCAAAGAAGAUUCUUGCUACAAAUCCAAAUCCAGUGGUGCCGACCCCUCCGAAACCAUUUACUAUCCAAUUAUAUCUGGGUCCUAACGAUUUUGCCAAAGGUCGAACCAAGAAAAAGAUCAAGAAAGUAAAGGUUGAACCCGGACCCUUAAUUAAUUUACAAGCCCCGUCAAAUGAAGAUCCGAAACCAGAAAUUAAUCGACCAUCAUCAAUUAUUAAUCUAUUGAAUUCCAGUCCACAUAUCAAUAUUAGGAAGGUGUCUGAGCCUGCUGGGAACGAUGGGUUUUUUGGUAGUCCAACAAGCACAGGGAGUAUAAGUCAUGUAAGUCCCUCUUCAAUGGUAUUGGGAGAUGUCUACAACGAUGAUGACUUAAACUUAAUUGCCUUGGAUUUGAAUAAUAUUGUCAAUGAUAUAAUAUUUACGUCCAACAUGAACUUUCCAAAUCAUGAUGUCAAUGACCCCAAUUUUAUAUUCAAUCCUUUCCUAGUUCAGGGAGCAUCAGAAGCCUUUACCCAAGCAAACAAAGAUGAUAUACCUAAGCAUAUCCCACUUGAUUACAUCAAACUAAACACUGACAAGGAAAGAGGUUACUUGGAAAACUUUUACUUUAUUUUUUCAAUGCAGAUAUUGCCAUUUGGUGCCUAUGACAAGACGACAGGGUUAUAUUCAAAUCCAUUAAGAGAUAUCAUACUAAAAUAUGCAUCGAAGGAACCAUUUCUAUUGUCAGCUGUAUUAUCGCAAGGAGCCAAGAUUGCUCAUGAAAAGACAAACGAUGUGCAAGAUUAUGACGCCUAUGGGUCUUAUUUGUCAACAUGUCUUAGACUAUUAGGCCCAGCAUUAACUAGGAACAGAGAAAAGAAAGUGAAGGAUGACUUGACUUCAAAUAUUGAGAGUAUUUUAAUUACUGUGCUAUUGUUGACUUCGUCCAAUGCAUGUACUGCAAAGCAAAGUUGGAGACCGCAUUUAAAAGGGGCUAAAGAUAUUUUAAUAAAGGCAACAAAUAGUAGGAUCCGACUGUCCAAGACAUUAAUUUUAUGUAGAAUUUGGUUUGCCGACUUUGAAAUACUAGCUGGUCAGAGUUCUCAUCUCGGAGGAACGUUGAAACUUGAUAGUGAGCUAGAUUCGGUUAUAAACUUUACAGAUGAAUAUGAGAUUUCAGUAUUGAAAGAUUUCAAUAUAAUCCAAGACAAUAAUUAUAGUAUUAUGUUUGGUUAUAAUACUAACUGUGUACAUAUUUUCCGAGAUCUUUCCAAGAUCCUAAACAGAAGAAGAGAAGAAGGCGAAGAUUUCAAGCCACUGGAUUCUUUGGAAUAUAUUAGAUUGUUAAGCGGUUUCUACAACGAGUACAACAUUACGUAUAUUGAUAGAAGUUGCUAUCCUGUCAAUGCUACUCCAACAGCAAUCAAUGAAACACAUAAUUUAAUCGAUACCAUAUAUACAACUAAGGGAAAUAUCACCGUUAGUUGGAUGGACUUGACCCAACAAGCAUAUUCGUUAGCAGGUUUGAUUACAGUAUUUACUCAGGUCUUACUAGAUUCACCGGACUUACCACACAUAAAGGAUUUAAAUCAAAGGCUAGUCUCGUUGAUAUCAGUCUUUGAGAAAUCCAAAGAUCACAGUAAGAUGGUUUUCCCAUUCGGAUUCCUGAUGAUCCAAUGGCCAAUGUCAGUUGCAGGUAUGAAUUGUACUGAAGAAGAUCAGAAGAGUAUUAUCGAAGGAUACUUUAAGAUAUGUGCUAGCAUGAACUCAAGUAGUGCAGAAAUUGCUAUCAAACGAAUAAAGAAAGUUUGGGAGCUGAGAGAGAGAGGCGAAGAGUACUUGGAUGAUGAUGACGAUGAUGAAGUAAAUAAGAUAGAUAUCGUAGCCUACUAA